CUAUGGUGACCAGGAGAAGUGCUAAAAGACAAAGAACCUCCGGUGAUUCUCUUGACAUGACAAAUUAUUUAAAUUGGUCCGCUGUUGUUCUUCGCGAAAAACUGUUAGAGGCUAAUAUAAGCGCCUCUUCCAAUUUUCCUAUCUCUGUGUUGCGGAAAUUGUACGUGGACAACGUGUUGGGAAAAGAUAUUGACGCUUCAAACAGUCAAAAUGAAAGCAGGGCCAUCAAUGUGAAUUCCGCGGAGAAUUCCAACCACACAAAUGGUUUUUCCGGACAAUCUUUGAAUCUCCAAAGUUCGUCUGCGGUAUCCGUAGCUAGUACGACAUCCUUUCAAAGUACGACUUAUCCAAGCGCAACUACUUCCGGCGGAAACCAAAUCUCAUCUACCUCGAGUUCCCCAGCAGUUAUUGAGUCGCUUGUGCACACAGUUCAAAGCCUCCAGACGAUGGUUUCGAGUUUAACUACCCUUAUUACAACGAAAGACACACACGCUAACAGCUCGCCAUCAUUUAAUUUACAGCAGUUCUACCGAACGGCAAAUGAAAACACCCAGAGCACGAGGAAAUUCGGCACGAACCCGGAGGAAUUGCCCCAAAUGGAAUUGAUUUCCAAUUCCAUUCGGAAAAACAUCAUCGACGAUAAACAAGUUCAGAAGCCUAGCUCCUCAAGCAGACAGACACCCUCAUCCUUGCCCACCCCUGCAGGACGUCCUUUGGAAACCUCUCACAGAAUAGAAGCAUUGAUGGAAGACUCCAUAUCUGUUUCAACUAGAGCUAUGUACAACUCCGGAUAUCAAGCCUUCUUAAAAUUUAGCCGUAUGAACAACACGUGUCAAAGUGUGUCAGAAUCUACUUUAAUGGAAUUUGUCACCUACUGUUACGAUUCCAUGAACCUGUCUUACCAAACAAUCAAACUUUAUCUCUGCGGGAUUCGACACCAUCUCACCCUGCUAGGUAUACCUAACCCCUUCACCGAUUUGGCAGGUAAUCUACCUAGAUUGCACAUGCUACUUAGCGGUAUAAAAAGACAAAGUCAAUCCUACCAUCCAAGCCGACAACCUAUUACUUACAAUGUGUUACAAGACAUGUGCAGCGUGCUUCAAAAAGGUGUGAACUCAAAAUACACGGAUACAUUGAUGACAACAGUGUGUGUAGUGGCUUUUUUCGGUUUCCUCAGAUGUGCAGAAUUUACAUGCAAAGCAGCUUUCAACCCUCACGUUAAUCUGUGCGUAAGCGACGUACAAUUCUACAAUGACCACGUCGUUCUCUUCCUUAAACAAUCAAAGACCUAUCCUUUCCGAAAAGGAUUAGGGAUCAAGUUGUUCAAAAAUAAUUCCGUAUUAUGUCCAUUUGAACAACUAAAGAACUACUUAUCUACAAGAAAUGCUCUUUUUGAUCCCAAAAUGCACCUCCCCCUGUUCAUCAUGGAAAAUGGAAGUGCCCUCAGUCGGUGUAAUUUUUUGACUAUGUUAAGGGAUCUACUGAAGCGUUCAAACCACGGCGACAGCUACAUCACUGGACUUUCUUUCUGAAUUGGUGCUGCUACAUCUGCAGCAAAAGCGCGCAUCGAAGACCACCUUAUCAAAUCACUAGGAAGAUGGACCUCCGAUUCAUAUACGAGAUAUAUCAAAACACCAGACUCAGCCAUUAAACACGCGCAACAGUCCAUGCUCAUCACCAGUUGACUUUUGCGAGAGAUUCUGAAAGCAUUGUUUAACAGUCUGAUGACUCGGGCACCAUUGUGAAUGUGUACAUAGUGUUUAAUUCUCAAUAU